CGGCCCGGAGCGCCCCGCCCCACCGCCCGGGUUUCGAUUCCCCCCCACGCCUCUCGCUGCGCGGCUGCGGCCCCAAACCUGGGGGGCGAAUGGCGGGCGCGGCGGCGCUGAGCGGGGCUCCCGUGGGGCUGGACCCCGCGGAGCCCAAGGACGCGCGCGGCUGGCGCUGCCCGGAGCACGGCGACCGCGUGGCCGAGGUCUUCUGUCGCCGCUGCCGCCGCUGCGUGUGCGCGCUCUGCCCGGUGCUGGGCUCGCACCGCGGCCACCCGGUCGGUCUGGCGCUGGAGGAGGCGGCGCGCGUGCAGAAACUCACCCAAGAAUGUUUAAAGCAUUUGGCAACCAAGAAGCAGCAGCAAGUUGGCAACAUAACCCAGAUAGAAGAGACAGCUGAGAAGCUCAAGGUUCAUGCAGAGUCAAGUAAAACCUGGCUGACAGGGAAAUUUACUGAACUCAGAUUACUACUUGAUGAAGAGGAAGCUCUGGCCAAGAAAUUCAUUGAUAAAAACACGCAGCUUGCCCUGCAGGUGUACAGGGAACAAAUCGAGUCUUGUGGGGAGCAAAUCGAUGUCAUGAACAAUCUCUCCAACAGGGUCUGGAAUAUCAGCCAGGAACCCAAUCCUGUACAGCUGCUGCAGGAGUACACAGCCAUUGAGCAGCAGAUACAGCAGCAGAUGAGCCUGGGGGACCUGUGCCACCCUGUGCCCCACUCCUUUGAGCCUGUCAAGUGCUUCUUUAAGGGCCUUGUGGAAGCCACGCAGAGCCUGCUACAGACGCCACUGGACGUCCGCCUUAAGGAAAACAUGAGCUGCCAGCUCUCGGGCUCCUCCUGCACCCAGCCGGGUUCCUUGUUGAAAACAAGCCCCUCACCAGAGCGAUCUCUCUUCUUAAAAUACGCGCGCACGCCCACGCUGGAGCCGGACACGAUGCACGCGCGCCUGCGCCUCUCGGCCGACCGUCUGACGGUGCGUUGCGGCCUGCUCGGCAGCCUGGGGCCCACGCCGGCGCUCCGUUUCGACGCGCUGUGGCAGGUGCUGGGCCGCGACUGCUUCGCCGCCGGCCGCCACUACUGGGAAGUGGACGUGCAGGAGGCCGGCGUCGGCUGGUGGGUGGGCGCGGCCUACGGCUCCCUGCGGCGCUGCGGGGCCUCGGCUGCCGCCCGCCUGGGCUGCAACCGCCAGUCCUGGUGCCUCAAACGCUAUGACCUCGAGUACUGGGCCUUCCACGAUGGCCAGCGCAGCCGCCUGCGGCCCCGCGACGACCCCGACCGGCUCGGCGUCUUCCUGGACUACGAGGCCGGCGUCCUCGCCUUCUACGACGUGACGGGGGGCAUGAGCCACCUGCACACCUUCCGCGCCGCCUUCCAGGAGCCGCUGUACCCGGCCCUGCGGCUCUGGGAAGGCGCCAUCAGCAUCUCCCGCCUGCCCUAGGGGCCGGGACCUGGGUGGCCUCCCUCGGCUCUCCGCGGCUCUGGUCUCGCCCAGAGUCCAGACGUGGCUGCUCUGUAAGCGUUUCCCUCCUCUCCCCCACCAGUCGUGCCCUGUGCUUUGAACAGCUCCUCUCCUAGGCAGGCAGGUUUCACACAGGCCCUAAACAGGUCCUCUGCUGCUGCUCUCUCAUCCGAACUCCCCAGUGCCACCAGGGCACUUAUACUACACUGCUUUUAGUCCAGGUUCCUGAGAGGACACACCCACAGGUCAGCCCCAGGCAUCCUGAGCAUGUCAGAAUACAUGGUCCUCAGCCUCAGAACAUUCUCCCUCGCAGGGCACCCAGAACCGCCUGGCACAUAGUAGGCGCACAUUAGAUAUGUGAAUGAGUAAGUCGCUAAGACUCUUCUGUCCCUUAAUGUCCCUUGGAUCUGCUUCCUCCUCUCCACUCUGCUUCCGCUUGUCCAUGUCACCUCCCUUAAGAGCAGCUGCAGGAGCUUCUUAACACCUCCUGGCUUGAACCCUUUCCCAUGCCCAUCCUCCACCCUACAGCCAGAGUGAUCUGCCUGAAACCUCACAUAAACCUCUUAGAAAAGGUUCCCAAGGAAUACAGGGGUGGAGAAAAGCACUUUGCCUUAGCAUUCAAGGCUUUUCUAGUCUGCCCCAAACUACUUAUCCUCAUCUAGCUCCUACUGCUCUUUUCAGAGACCCUCUGAUCAGAACUGUGUCACAUAGUUCCACCUCUAUACUCUUGCCUUUGUCGUUUCCCAUACAAACACAUUUAUACAGGAAAGCCCUUUCUUCUUUUUGCUUGUCUGUCUUCCCCAGGCUUAACUGCCCCAGGAAGUCUCCCCAAGCCACAAGCAUCUCUCUCUCAGAUCCACAGUCUGGGACCUAUCUUUCCAGUUAGAUUGGAAGAUUUCUGAGGGCAGCUGUGUCCUACACCUUCCCCAUCCUGAAAAGUUCAGAAAGUCCCUUCCCUCCAAGGCAGUGAGUGAAUGACCAUUAGCUGUCUGCUAUUGAAUCAGAACAGCUGAGCUGGGAGGCGCUCAUAGAUCACCCAGCCUGACCUUAUCGUAUAUUUGGGGAGAAUAAGGUCCUGAAAGAAAGUUGCCUAAAGUCACCCAUGGUGAUUAAGUGCUGGGCCACCUCCCAGCCCCCAGGCAUGUGUCUCACUAGCUUCCUGGUCAAGCCCUUGAGGCCUGGCUUCAACCUGGAAGAUUUUACUGCUUAUUCAUCUUAGGGGAUGUUGGGAAGAAAUCAGCAAGUGACUGUUGCUAAGCAGCCACAGGCAGUUUUUCCCAACUUUCUUGGAAUCAAAAGGAGAGGAACUAACUGUGUGUGUUGGGGGGGGGGGGGGGGGGGGUGGACAGCUCAAGCAUCCCUAUGCUUCUCCUAUCCAAAAUGUUGCCAAGGAAACCCAGAAAGUCCCUGCUUCCCAGAAAGUAGUGACAGAAAUAGAGAAGGCCAAAUAGGCAGGACCUCCCAGGCAGGACCUCCCAGGGAGAUCGGCUCCUGUAGUAGAGAGGGAAAGGGCUCUUUCCAGGGUCUGUGCCUCAAUUCAUCCUGUUUGUCAAAUUCCUCAUGUGGUUUUGAUACUCUGUUACAAAGUAUCUUCUUAGGUGCUUGGCAGGAGGGCGGUAGUAAAGUGAGGAAAAUACAAAACAAUCUCCCUCUGGGUUUAAACGGACUCUUGGUGCAUUAAUUAGUUUGAACCAUAUAAAACUGCAAAUUUCCAAUAGCUUUUACCUAAAAAUGGUACUUGCAUGAUGGCACAGUGUAGUACAAGUAGAAUACAAGGCAAAAGGAACCUCAAAAGUGGCUUUAGUCCUAACCAAAUCAUUUAAAACUCUAGCUUGGAUAGAUGUCUUAAGCACUAUGCUCCAGGAAUCCUGAGACAAGGGAAAUUAAUUCUACUGGGGAUGGCCCAGAGCUGAAUUUUGAUAGGCAGGGCAUUCCUGACAGAGGAAGGUGGGUACACUUCACCCCACAUCUCUGUUCAUUCCUGCAAACCAAGGCUUAUUCCCAGACCCACAGCCCCAGGGUCCAAGUAAAAAUACAUGCUAUUUUAUCAGGCACUGUUCUAAUGCUUUACAACUAUUAACUCAUUUGAUCCUUACAUCACCCCUAGGAGGUAGUUAUUCCAAUUGUACACAUGGCAAGAUUGAGACAUAGAAUGAGUAACUUGCCCAAGGUCACACAGCUAGUGGUGGAGCUGGAGUCUGUGCUCAGUCACCAUGUUCAGGUGAACGCAGCCGGUCUCUAGCCAGUGCCCGCUUGCUCUGGCCUCUCUCAUUAGGCUUGUGAUGCUUUGUUUUUGCCUGGUUACUCUAUGGGACUCACGUCUACCUUUGAAUUACCUUCCAUGGGCUCUGAGAUGAGGUUUUACACCAAAAGGGAGAUUUGAGAGUUUGGGAUUCAUGUAGCAGAGUUAGAGCUGGACUAUAAAGGACGAAAACUGCAGUUUUGGUCCACAAUCAAGUAUGACCUCAAGCUAGUCACUACUUCUCAGGGUGUCAUCUGUAAAAUGGGGUUAAUGACCCUACCUACAAGUGCUUGGAGGCUCAAAUGAGCCCAGAGGAUAUGAAGUUGCCUGAAAAACUGUACAGUGCUGUACCAUGCCAGGACCUGUCGGCAUCCCGGGUGGAGUUCCCGUUGUGCCUGACACAGUGCUGAGACGACCUCUAGGCCUGGCUGCCACCUGGCAGUAGCAGGAGCCUCGGGGAAUACCCUCAGCACAGGACUGCGCUUCCUCGGGGUCCGUGUCUGUAACAGUACUGAUGACUUCUUCCCUUUUACACUUGAAUUUGUAGAAAUUUCUUUAUUGAUGACAGCAAUUUGCCUGCAGAUGUGGUUUGUUUUAAUAAAAUGUGAAUACUGUC